GACAAGCAGGGGGGGUGACACCCUGGGGUGUCCAUGGCGUGACAAACAUGGGGUGACACCGGCCGUCACCCCGGGGUGUCCCCGCUGUCACAGAGGUGACAACGGGGUGGUGACACUGCCGUCCCUAGGAGCCAUGUCCCGGCGGCGCUGAGCCUCGUCGUCGCCGCCGCCUCCGCCGCCGCCGCCACCGCCAUGGGGAGCAUCUACAAGGAAUACUUCAACCGCGACAAAAUCCGCGAGCACUACAACUUCACCAAGGGCGACGGCGAGAGCGCGGCGCCCUCGCGCUGGGUGGGCUCCGUCCUCAUCGUCGUCCUCUGCUGCUUCAUCGUCCUGGAGAACCUGCUGGUGCUGGUGUCCAUCUGCCGCAACAAGCGCCUGCACCUGGCCAUGUACAUCUUCAUCGGCAACUUGGCCGCCUCGGACCUGCUGGCCGGCACGGCCUUCAUGGUCAACACGCUGCUGUCCGGCAGCACCACCUUCAGCCUGACGCCGGUGCAGUGGUUCGUGCGCGAGGGCACGGCCUUCGCCACGCUGGCCGCCUCGGUGUUCAGCCUGCUGGCCAUCGCCAUCGAGCGGCACGUGGCCAUCACCAAGGUGAAGGUGUACAGCAGCGACAAGAACUGCCGCAUGGUGCUGCUGAUCGGCGCCUGCUGGGUGAUCGCCGGCGCCAUCGGCAGCCUGCCCAUCAUGGGCUGGAACUGCAUCAGCGACCUGGGCGACUGCUCCACGGUGCUGCCGCUCUACUCCAAGCGCUACGUGCUCUUCGUCACCACCAUCUUCACCCUCAUCCUCAUGGCCAUCGUGGGGCUCUACACGCGCAUCUACUGCAUCGUCCGCUCCAGCCACGCCGAGAUCGCCUCGGCGCAGACUCUGGCCUUGCUCAAGACCGUCACCAUCGUGCUGGGCGCCUUCAUCGUCUGCUGGCUGCCCGCCUUCAUCAUCCUCCUGAUGGACGCCUCGUGCCCCGUGCGCGCCUGCCGGGUGCUCUACAGCGCCAAUUAUUUCUUCGCCUUCGCCACGCUCAACUCGGCGGCCAACCCGGUGAUCUACAUGCUGCGCAGCAAGGACAUGCGCGGCGAGUUCCUGCGCGUGCUCUGCUGCCGCGGCCGCCGGCCGCAGCCCCCCGGCCGGCCGGGCGUCCCGCUGCGCACGUCCAGCUCGCUGGACAAGGGCCCGGCCGGCGCGGCGGGCGAGCUGGCCACGGCGCCGCUGACCCGCGAGUGCACCACGUCCGUGUGACGGCGCCGUCGGUCAUGGGGGGGGGAGACGUUUGGGUAAGCGGGUGAGGGGGUUUUUUGUGGUCGAGGGCGUCGGGUGGGCGGUCGGGGGGACACGGCACGGGCGCCCCGUGGCUUCGUGGAUGUCGCCACGGCCUUGAGACCGCCCCGUGGACGUCCCCACGGACGCCCCACGGCCUCGAGACCACCCUGAGGCCACUCUGUGGAUACUCCACGGCCUCGAGACCACCCCGUGGACACCCCACGGAUGUCCCGCGGCCUCGAGACCACCCUGUGGAUACUCCACGGACGCCCCAUGGCCUCGAGACCACCCCGUGGAUCUUCCACAGCCUCGAGACCACCCCGUGGACACCCCACGGAUGUCCCACGGCCUCGAGACCACCUUGUGGACACCCCACGGCCUCAAGACCACCCUGUGGAUACUCCAUUGCCACCCUGAGACCACCCUGUGGAUACUCCAUGGACGCCCCAUGGCCUCGAGACCACCCCGUGGAUAUUCCACGGCCUCAAGACCACCCUGUGGACGUCCCCACAGACGCUCCAUGGCCUCAAGACCACCUUGUGGACACCCCACGGACACCCCACGGCCUCGAGACCACCCUGUGGAUGUCCCCAUGGACACCCCACGGCCUCGAGACCGCCCCGAGGCCACUCUGUGGACACCCCACGGCCUCAAGACCACCCUGUGGACAUCCCCACUGACACCCCACGGCCUCGAGACCACCCUGUGGAUACUCCACGGACGCCCCAUGGCCUCGAGACCACCCCGUGGAUCUUCCACAGCCUCGAGACCACCCUGUGGAUACUCCAUUGCCACCCUGAGACCACCCUGUAGAUACUCUACGGACACCCCACAGCCUCGAGACCACCCUGUGGAUGUCCCCACGGACACCCCACAGCCUCAAGACCACCCUGUGGACGUGCCCACAGCCUUGAGACCACCCUGUGGACAUCCCCACGGACGCCCCAUGGCCUCGAGACCACCCUGCGGACACCCCACGGCCUCGAGACCACCCCGUGGAUAUUCCAUGGCCUCGAGACCACCCUGUGGAUGUCCCCACGGACGCCCCACGGCCUCGAGACCACCCCGUGGACACCCUAUGGCCUCAAGACCACCCUGAGGCCACUCUGUGGACACCCCACGGCCUCGAGACCGCCCCGAGGCCGCCCGUGGCCACCCCACGGUACGAGCGGCGCGGUUCCCUCGCGGUUCCCCCGCGGUUCCCCCGGUACGGACCCACUCCCCGCCCGCUGCCCCCCCCGGGGGUGUCCCCGGUGUCCCCGCCGGCGCUCCGUGUGCCCGGACACGCGUGGGGCCCUUCCCCCGCCCGCUGCCCGAGCCCCGCGGCCACCGCCGGACCUGUCGGGCGAGUCCCGGCGCCGCUCCCGGGGCUCGUGGGCGGCUCCCACCGCCGUUCCCGCCGGGAUAAACCGGGAUAAACCCGGGGAGGGCGCUGGGGACCCCCCAAAAUUCCGGGUUUUUCCCCCGCGCUGGUGCGUGGGGACGGGGGGGGGGACGGGGGUUCAUCCCAGUGCGGCCGGAUCCGCCGGGACCCCCCCCCACCCUCCAGAAAUCGCCGGGAUUUGCCCCCAAAAUCCUCCCCACGUUGUAUUAAACGAUUUUUUUUUUUUUU